AUGGCCCUCAGUUUCUUUGGCGGGGGAGGUAGUGCGAGUUAUGCCAAAUACUUCGACAUCCGUCUCGAUGAAGACUAUAUCGUGUUCCGAGGUGGCGAACAAGAAGCCGCUAGUGCUCAUCUGAGCGGUAAACUCAUCCUUUGUCUAUCGGAGCCGCUCUCAAUCAAGCAUAUCCGACUGCACUUAACCGGUAUCUCUCGUGUCUGUUGGCAUCUCCCAUCCAGCUCCGCGGGCGGUGGCCGAAAAUCAUGGCGGGAACGCGUGUUCUACGAGAAGACCUGGAGUUUCAGAGAUCCGGGUAAAGGCAAAACCGAGAUUCUCCCGGGUGGUAACUACGAGUAUCCGUUCGACUUGGUUCUGGAGGGGUCGAUGCCGGAGAGCGUGGAGGGUUUGAACGACACCUACGUCACAUAUCGCUUCAAGGCGGACAUCGGUCGCAAGUAUGCGAAGGACAUUGUGGUGCGACGGCCUCUGCGCAUCAUUCGGACGCUAGACUCCAGCGCCCUGGAGCUGUCUCACGCUAUGUCGGUGGAAAACGUGUGGCCGAACAAGAUCGAGUAUUCUAUCAGCACGCCGACCAAGGCGGUCAUCUUCGGCACAAGUAUUCAAGUCGAUUUCAAGCUCAUCCCCCUUCUCAAAGGACUUCGCAUCGGCCAAAUAGUUUCCCAGUUGAUUGAGAGUCACGACCUUACCCUCAAUCCCGAGGACCCCGACUCUAUCCGCAACACUUACAAGAGCACGAGGACAAUUUUGUCCGAUGAGCACGAACUGGACCCAGAUGGAAGCUUGGAAAUCAUCGACGAAGCUGCAGAAGGAUAUCAAUUCACGCGACAUUUGGAGUUGCCCAAGACUUUGACCCGGUGCCUGCAAGACACCGACACGAAGGGCAUCAAGGUCCGGCACAAGAUGAAGUUCCGCGUGCAGUUACUCAACCCUGACGGACACAUCAGCGAGUUGCGAGCCACACUUCCCGUGUCCGUCUUCAUUUCUCCGAACCUUGCGAUCGACGAGAACAACAAUCUGGUUGAUCAAACCCCGCAGUCGGCGCAGCGAGCGAUCGACGACAUUGCCCAACAGGCACCGCCACUCUACGGCGAACACCAAUUUGAUCAACUAUACAGCGAGCUUGACCCCAACGGCUAUCGAACUCCAGGCCCUGGAAGCGGCCCUGGCACUCCAUUCGGCACCCUGAGUCGCAACCUUUCUUCCGAAAAUCUGGCUUCGAUGAAUGCCCUGACCAACACGGAUAUCUCUGCGUCCGCCCUGCACAGCCGUCUCUCGACCCUUCAUAGAAUCAGACAUAAUCACCCCUCGCCGUCCGAGCAUGAUCAACACCACGAAAGCGAGAACCGCCAACUUGGGGUGCCUCCCGAUUAUUUCGGGCCUUCCUCGGGAUCCAACUCUCACAGCCCUGGGAGUCCCACCCUCUCUCGCCGGCCUUCCGACGAGGGUGACCACGACCACGAUCACGACCCUCUUCCCUCGGGAAUGGCUACACCCUUCCACCCUCAGUAUGCGGAGGUCGAAACUCUCAGUCGCGUCCCGAGUUACUCGACUGCCGUCCGUACCACCGUGCGCCCCCGGGAUGCCGACCUGCCCGACUACCAGGCCGUGAUCGCGGGAGACUACGUUAUUCCGCCACCUCAGUCCCCUCAGCAGGCCUACCUGCGCUCCCCGGGACGGGGCAACGGGGCCUACUAUCCUUCGAUGGACGUGCUUCAUCACCGACCGGGGCUCGUUCACUCCCGCUCCCACAGCCACGAGGACGACGAACGACGAUUGCGUCUCUUGCAGGCCCGAGCUCGGGUAUAA